AUCAACCCCAGAGGAGAGGGGGCGACGGCCAGAUCUGUAAUCCGCAAUCCUUCUGCUGAAUCGAUUCCUUCUUCUUGUUCGGAGAAAACAUAGUUUCCGUUCCUCCGACGCCGCCGCCGCCACGAUGCCCGGCCUCGUCGCUCCUCCGGAAGUACCGCCUCCUCUCCGUGUCGACGUCCCCGACGGCGGAGACGCACGCGCCCAGAUCCUCCUCCCCGCUGAAAACCAAGACCCUGGGAGGGAGCCCAGGGCGGCCUCGCCGGUUCCCAAGAAAACGCCGUCGCCGACGCCUUCCUCCGCCCGCGCUAGGUCCGUGGAGCGCGGCUCCUCUUCCGCUGGGAAGCGGAGGCUCUCUCUCGAGAGGCCAGGAUCCGCCGCCGGCGCAGGGGCAAGGGAUUUAUUCCCUGCCGUGAUCGAUGAGACGGCGCUGGAUAACCCGGAUCUGGGGCCGUUCCUGCUGAAGCUGGCGCGGGGGGCGAUUGCGUCCGGGGAGGGGCCGAGCAAGGCACUGGAGUACGCGUUGCGGGCGUCAAGGUCGCUGGAGCGAUCCGGGGGAGAGGAGCGACGGCUGGAGCUGGCAAUGAGCCUGCACGUUGCGUCGGCGAUCUAUAGCGGGCUGGGGCGGCACGAGGAGGCGGUGGCGGCGCUGGAGAGAGCGGUGGGGGCGACGGACCCGGCGCGGGGGCCUGACCACGCUCUCGCCGCCUUCUCCGGGUACAUGCAACUGGGGGACACCCACGCCGUGGCCGGGCGGAUGGAGCAGUCCAUAGUGUGCUACACUAAGGGUCUCGAGAUCCAGAUGGAGGCGCUUGGGGAAGGCGACCCGAGGGUCGCCGAGACCUGCAGGUACUUGGCAGAAGCCCAUGUCCAAGCGAUGCAGUUCGAGGAGGCCGAGAAGUUAUGCCGCAAGACUCUUGAGAUCCACCGCGAGCACAGCCCCCCGGCGUCCCUGGAGGAAGCCGCCGAUCGCCGCCUAAUGGCCCUCAUCUGCGAGGCCAAAGGCGACUAUGAAGCUUCCCUUGAGCACCUCGUCCUUGCUUCCAUGGUCCUCAUCGCCAACUCUCAGGAUGUAGACGUUGCGGCUGUGGAUGUUGGUAUUGGCGACACCUACCUCGCCCUUGGCCGCUUUGACGAGGCCGUCUUCUCCUACCAGAAGGCCCUUACUGUCUUCAAGUCCACUAAGGGCGACAACCACCCGUCCGUCGCUGCCGUCCUCGCCCGCCUUGCAGAUCUAUACUUCAAGACAGGCAAGUUCCGUGAGUCCAAAUCCUACUGCGAGAAUGCGCUGAGGAUCUACGCGAAGCCCGUGCCUGGGUCAUCCAAUGAGGAUCUUGCUGGAGGGAUGAUGGAGAUUGCUGCCAUUUAUGAGGCAAUGAGUGAACCGGAGGAUGCGCUGAAGCUGCUGCAGAAGGCGCUCAAACUUCUGGAGGAUUCACCGGGGCAGUGGAGCACGGUGGCCGGGAUAGAGGCCCAGAUGGGUGUCAUGUACUACAUGGUUGGGAGAUACGGGGAAGCAAGGAGCUCAUUCGAAAGUGCCGUGUCCAAAUUGAGGGCGAGCGGGGAGAGGAAAUCUGCUUUCUUUGGAGUUUUGCUGAACCAGAUGGGGCUAUCGUGCGUUCAACUGUUUAAGAUCGACGAGGCAGCUGCGCUAUUCGAGGAAGCAAGGACAGUUCUUGAGCUGGAAAGCGGUAUGUCUCACCCCGAUACCCUUGGGGUGUAUAGCAAUCUCGCUGCAACUUAUGAUGCCAUGGGAAGGGUGGAAGAAGCAAUUGAGAUUCUGGAGAAUGUGCUUAAGUUAAGGGAAGAGAAGCUUGGAACAGCAAACCCUGAUGUCGAUGAUGAGAAGAAAAGGCUAACCGAGCUCUUAAAGGAAGCAGGCAGAACGAGGAACAGGAAACCAAAGUCCCUUGAGAACCUCUUAGUGACUAAUUCACAAAGAAUCAAAAAGGAGGUUACAAGGAGGUGGCCUGGCUUGGGUUUUAAAAGUUGAGACAGAGCAAAACCUUUCACUGCCUUCCUUUGUAAUAUAAAAAUGCAUCUGUAAAGAGUUCAGUAUAGAAAUUUGGUGAUUUCUUGCUUCUGAGCCUUAUAACUUUUUCCCUUUGUUUUCUUUCUCGUCUAAUUCAUUUGUAAUCCUUGGAUGAUUUACUGUUUUAUGUUUGGAAUGUGUGAAAGUCUUGUUGUGAAAGAAGUCUGUUGUGUUGAACAAAUAAAUUCCUCUUUAUAGAUGUCAUUUCCUCUUCUCA